AAUAAACAAAACGUUUGUUUGUCCACGGGGUUGCUUUAAUUUUGUAUUUAUUGUGUAUUUGUUAAAAAUAUAGUGUAAACCAUGCAUUGGACCCAUAUUUACCCGGAGAAUGUGUUGUACAACUACGAAUACUUCAGUCAAGACGACGUUUGUCGACUUUGCUGGAACAAGAACGCGGACACAGAUAUCUUUUUAAAAAUCUCAGAAUACACGACAGAAAUGUGUUUAUCUGACAUAAUAAAGGACUGUUUAAGCAUAGAAGUAGAUAAUAAUCAUUUAAACAAGAUCUGCAACGACUGUUUGAGUGAAAUAAAGCGAUUUCAUUACUAUAAACUAUUUUGCCAAGAAACUGAUGCUAAGCUGAAGAAUUUGCUCGAAAAACACUCGCUAACGACCAGCGAUACAUCUGUAGAAAUUAAAAUCGAAGAUAUCGAAGAAAAUUACGACAACAACACCAUAGAUACUUAUUUAGAAGACGAUUUAGUUUUCGAACAGCCAGAGACAAUAAAACAGCGGCAACCAAGCUCUAAAGUGCGAAAAAAGUAUCUACACAAACGCUCGCCUACUUAUUGUAAUAUUUGCUGCGUAGAUUUAGACACCCAAGAAGGUUUAUCUACUCACAAUGCUGAAUUACAUGGCAUCGAAGCCAAUGGUACAUUAUUCAAAUGCUUUGGAUGUGAAAAACGUUUUAAAAGUCGGAAAAGUCGAAUCAGUCAUGAAGUAAAUUUCUGUAAAGGUCUUAAAGAUGGAUAUAAGUGUAAUUUAUGUAACCGGUAUCUACCAAAAAGGUGUAUGUACGAGUUUCAUAUGAGAGACCAUAGACACAACACACUGACUGAGUUGCCAGAGCAUAUAUUUAAGUGUGGCAAGUGCUUGAAAUUGUUUAAGACUAAGGAGUUACUUACAUUGCAUAUGUUGGAACAUGGGAAAGAGAAGAAUUUUGUUUGUGAUACCUGUGGCCGUGUGUUCACUAGACAAGACUACUUGUACAAACACAAGCUCACGCACACAGGAGUAAAGAGUCACCAGUGUCCGCAUUGUGAGUUCAAGGCGACGCAGAGAUCUUCACUCACUGUUCAUAUCAGGAAGCACACUGGCGAGCGGCCGUACAGUUGUGACAUGUGCUCCCUGCGAUGUAUCUCCAGCUCAAAUCUACGCGCGCACCGCAGGCGACAUCUAGGUGUCAAGAAAUAUGAAUGCAGGAUAUGCAGUAAAAAGUUUGGCUACAAAGUCAGUUUAGAAGAACAUAUUUCAUCAGCUCAUGUUCGCUCGGAGUCCCAUCCUUGCGAACACUGUGGCGCCACCUACACAAGACUAAGAGGACUACGUCGCCAUCUAGUGGCCAAACAUGGGAAACAUGCUAAGAACAAACCUGUGGAACAAAACCUAUUAGUUCAAGUUACGCAGACAGAUGGCGGUAAAAUCGAUAUUUUAAAAGAUGUUGAGUACGAAUUGAAAGAUGGAGACAAUGUUUUGCUUUUAAAACAUCAAGAUGGAGAUGUUUAUAUGGUGUAAAUAAAUUAUGUUAUGUCCUUUUGUUUAAUAAAAUGCAAUAAAUUAUU